CUCUGGUUUUCCUUUAAAAGGGCAUACAAAUGUGAUGAGAAUCAGGUAUGGGUGAGCCCUGAUGCUGUUAAGGAUGUGCCUGUCUGUGAGCAGGAUGUGGGUGAAGCUGAAGAACCCUGCCCCAGGCAGAUACAGUGCAUCACUGGAGCCAUGCUGGCUCAGAUGGGCAGCUUCCCUUGGCAGGGCCAGAUGGUGACUCGGCACAACCUCACUGUGGGCACACUCCUCAGUGACCAGUGAGGGCUGGCCACAGGCAGGAAUGUGUACCUGAACUCACAGUGGGAAACCACACUGGAGGAGAUUGUCCCUACACUGCAACUGUUCUUGGGCAGCUGGGAGCAAACCACCUUGAGCAUCGAGCACGUUGUUCUGCACCCCGGCUACCCGCAGGCUGUGGACCUGGCAUUGCUGAAGCUGAAGGUGCUUCUUAGAGAGAGGCAGGACUAUGUGCACCCAGGACGGGUGGGCUACAUCUCAAUCUGAGGCUGCAGUGCCACCUUUGGCUUUCCUGCCAUGCUGAAGUAUGUGAAACUGCCAGCGGCUGAGUGAGCAGUGCUAGGAACACCGCAGUGCUAGGAACACCACAGUGCACGGAAUGCGUCCCACAGGCUGCAGCCCAUCCUUGGCAGCGGCACCUUCUGCGUGGUGAGCAGGCUGCGGGAGGACCCCUGCUGUGGGGAUGCAGGCGGAGCCUUGUCCCGCGGCUCCCAGUGAAACACCUGCUACCAGCUGGCAGCAUCAGCUGCACGGGACUGCACAGCUGCCAGGCACGCACGGCAUGCUCGUGGAGGAGUUCUGGCUUGCGUGAAGGAGACAGCGGCAGCUGGCUGAGGCCAGACUGUGAGAGAAUAAAACUGUUGCGCACCAGG